AUGUCUGCACCCGACCCUUUUGAUGGGCCACCCGCCGAUCGAGGGCGCGGUGACCGUCUUGCUCCAGGAGAGGAAAACUACCAAAUGGAUCGCGACGCCCUGCAGCUGGGUAUGGGAGCCCCUCGCCAGAAUGGCGGAGGUGCUUAUCCUUCGCCCGUCCCGCCAGGGGCACCGUCACCCGCGUGGAGUGCCGGCGGCGAGAGGAUGCGCGACGAACGAAGCCGCAGUGCAGAGAGAAAUCGGUCACGGCCGAGGAAUGGGCGCUCGGCAAGCGGGCAGCUGCGCAUCUGCGCCAAGUGCGGUGAGCCCUUGACGGGCCAGUUCGUGAGGGCACUGGAUGGCACAUUCCAUCUGGACUGCUUCAAGUGCCGGGAUUGUGGACAAAUAGUGGCGUCUAAAUUCUUCCCCGCCGAAGACGAGAACGGUGGCGGCCAGUACCCUCUGUGUGAGAAAGACUACUUCCGUCGCCUAGGCCUCCUCUGCUACCAAUGCGGCAAUGCUUUGAGAGGAUCCUACAUAACAGCACUAGACCGCAAGUAUCACGUCGAUCACUUCACCUGUUCCCUGUGCGACACUGUAUUCGGAGCCCAGGACAGCUAUUACGAGCAUGAUGGCAGUGUAUACUGCCACUACCACUAUUCUACUCAGUUUGCACAAAAGUGCAACGGAUGCCAGACGGCUAUUCUCAAACAAUUUGUCGAGAUCUAUCGCAACGGCCAGAACCAACAUUGGCAUCCUGAAUGCUACAUGAUCCACAAGUUCUGGAACGUCCGACUCACGCCACCCCAAGAGGCAUCAACUCUAUCUCUUGACCAGGAUGAACAAGCCAGCCGCGAGCUCGUCAAGGUCGGUGAAGAGCGCAUGGAGGAGAAGGUCUACAGGAUAUGGAGCACAUUAUCCACGUUUGAAGAGUCUUCUGCCGCCUGCAUAUCAGAUAUGCUGCUCCACGUGAGCAAUGGAGCAUAUGUGGAUGGUGUCAUGGUAGCUAAGAAAUUCAUCUGGCACGUCGACAUUUUAUUCAAAUCUGCAGAUGGCCUCGAUGCAACCAUGACGAAGCUCGAAAUGAAGGCCUUGUCGUACGGCAGAGAGGCAAAAUUGCUGUGCAAAAAGAUUGUCGCUUUCUUUUCCUUGCUGUCUAAGGCGCAGGACAAGGAGGUUCGUAAACUUGGAGUGACACAGGAGUUACUUUCCUUGGUAACCGGUCUGGCACACUAUCUCAAGCUAUUGAUCCGGAUCUGUCUACAAGGCGCUCUGCGAAUAGAGAAGGAAAGAAACACGGCGGACGGCCUGUACCAGUUUCUCGACGAUCUCGGAAAUCUCGAGUCCCUCAAAGGCGAAGAACAGUCGCUUUCGAUCACCAUGGGCAUGUCGCGUCUCUCGGCUAACGACUCAGACCAGUGCAGCCUAUGUCGCAAGCCGAUAGAGGACGAGUGUGCAAAGAACGAGGAGAAAAGAUGGCACAUUGCAUGUGUGGCGUGCAGUCGUUGCGGCAGAGAAUUGGGGAGGAGUUUGCAGGAUGCGCAAUUUAACCCCUACGACCAAAAGAUAUUUUGCACCAACUGUGGCUCUUUUUAUGCGGACAAUGCACCUCCAUUCACCCGGGUCACCAAGCUGCAGCAGUAUGUAUAUUUGCUCAAGGUGGCUUUGGCGAGGCUGUUGGAGAUUUUGCGAAGCACGGGUGCAAUCCCACGAGAGGACGGCCAUCCCCAAGAUUCACACGACGGACAACGAGAUUUGCCACCGCACUUGCGAAGUGAGGCGCGAUCUAAGAGUUUUGCCGCCGGCGGCAUGCACCAGCGGGAGUCUUCGUACGAGAGUGCAGUCAAUGAUGUCAAGAGGUUGAAGAGCACCCGUCUCGACAAGGCGCUGUCUUCCAGCGUCAGGAAAGCCAGGACAUCACGUAUUAUGGAGGGACCAGACGGGACCGGUCGUCCCAGCUCGGCAGGGGCGGGCCCCGGUGAUCCCCGGAAGCCGGGGUUCCAGAUUGUUGAGGACCCUGCCAACGAACGUGCAGAGGACUCGAUGCUUGGAAAUCAAGAUGCUUUAACAUUGGACGACAUUCCCCGCAUCGUCGCGGCCGAGCAGGCUCGAGAGCAAAGACCCAACGCGUUCCAACGCCAAGAAUUGUUCCGAGCGCCGGCGACAGAGCCAAAUCUCAGCUCCAACAACCCCCGUGCUUUCUCUCCGGGUCGAGGUCCCCGAUCACACGGAGAGCCGUCGCCACAGCGAGGCAUGGUCAUGGGCAUUGGUGGCAGGAAAUAUUUCUCGGAGCUCUCGAAUCUUGAUUAUUUCAUCGUUAGGCACCUGGCGGUAUUAACGAUGCACCCCUUACUCAACAACGAAUUUGAAUUGGAGGAGCUGUUGGGAUUCAUCGAGUCAAGGAAACCAGCCACUUUCUGGAACAAGUUUGGAAAGGCUUUCAAAAAUGACGGCAAGAAGAACGUCAAGAAGAAGGGCGUCUUUGGCGUGCCUCUAGAGAUAAUAAUUGAACGCGACGGCGCCGACUCGACAGACGGAGUGGGACCCGGAACGCUGCGCAUCCCGGCGAUUGUUGACGACAUUGUGGCGACGAUGAAGCAGAUGGAUUUGUCGGUCGAGGGUGUCUUCAGGAAGAACGGCAACAUCAAAAAGCUUAGUGAGCUUUGCGAGAAAAUCGACCGAGAAGGCUGCGACAGUGUGAACCUGAGCUCGCAGCCGGUUGUGCAAGUAGCUGCGUUGCUGAAGCGCUAUCUCAGAGAUUUACCGGAUCCUUUGAUGACGCACAAGCUCUAUAACCUCUGGCUGACAGCAGCCAAGAUACAAGACGCGGACAAGCGGCGACAGUGUCUACAUCUCAUCUGCUGCCUGCUGCCCAAGUGCCACAGGGACUGCCUUGAGAUUUUAUUCUGCUUCCUGAAGUGGGCAGGAACGUUCCACCAGGUCGACGACGAGUCGGGAUCCAAGAUGGAUGUUAAAAAUCUGGCAACCGUCAUUGCACCGAAUAUCCUUUAUCUGCAAUCCAAGGCCCUCACUCUGGACAGCGAUCCCAUGUUUGCCAUCGUGGCAGUCGAGACGCUCAUCCAGGACAUAGAAGAAAUGUGCUUGGUGCCCGAUGAUCUGGUUGAUAUUCUCAGCGACUCAACAUUAUUCAACAACAAUGGCGAUCUCACAACCAAGGAGAUCCUCAAACGAUUCGGUGACCGUCCGCUUAUGAACGGUGGCCUUCGGGGCCACGGCGACGAGCUUGUUGGCCGGCACGACACGCCUAACCGCCCAUUUGCCAGGCGAGUGGAUACCGACCCUUCAGUCUGGCAAGAUGAGCGCAGUGUGCGUCCCAUCCACGACAAGCAACAGUACGCCAGCUCCAUGCAUAAUACCCCGCUGAGGAGACAUGAAGACAACGGGCAGCCCUCGCCAUAUGGUCAGGAAUUUGAACCUUCACCAGGGAUGAGCCGUGAGCCCUCGUCUGAUCGGAGUGGUGGCCAGCGGAGGGAUUGGAGGAACUCUGGAUGGGGAAACAACAGUAGACAACCUGGCUCUGUUGGUGUUACUGGAACGGGCUGA